AUGUCGAAAUUCGGUCUCCUAGUCAUGGGCCCUGCCGGGGCUGGCAAGACCACCUUCAGCAAUUCUCUGAUCCAGCAUCUGCAAAAUAAUCGCCGCAGCUGCUUCUACGUCAACCUCGAUCCCGCCGCCGAGCAAUUCGCCUAUCAACCGGACCUUGAUAUCCGCGAGUUGAUCACUCUGGAAGAUGUGAUGGAGGAGCUAGGCCUGGGUCCGAAUGGUGGCUUGAUCUACUGUUUCGAGUUCCUGCUACAGAACCUCGAGUUCCUCUCCGAAGCUCUUGAUCCAUUGAGCGAAGAAUACCUCAUUAUUUUCGACAUGCCCGGCCAGAUCGAGCUCUACACUCACAUCCCGUUGCUUCCGUCCUUAACACAAUACCUUUCGCGCCAAGGCCCCUUAAAUAUCAACUUGUGCGCGGCCUACCUGCUCGAAACCAUGCUAAUGCUGGAGAUUCCCCACGUGAACAUCCUCAGCAAGAUGGAUCAGGUGCGCGAGAUGGUCACAAAGCGAGAACUCCGGCGAUUCGCAAAUGUGGACGUUCAGUUGUUGCAAAAUGACGAGGACGAUCCCAAGGCGCGCGCCAACCCCAUGGCGACGGACGCUUUGAUGAGUGGCGGAUCCUUCAAGCAGCUCAACCGUGCUGUGGCACAGCUCAUCGACGACUUCAGCAUGGUCUCCUUCCUGCAGCUUGAUGUACAGGAUGAGGACAGCGUCGCCGCCAUCUUGAGCCACAUCGACGACGCCAUCCAGUACCACGAAGCCCAGGAACCCCGGGAACCUAAGGAUGAACAAGAAGUGAAUUAUGAGGAUUGA